AUGAAUCCCAGUCGGACAUUAUGGCGACUAAGUCGCUUCGUUCCUCGUUCUUCUGUGCUUCCGGUCCUGUCGCGGAGCUUCAGCAGCUCUAUCCCGUCAUUAUCAAAGGCCAGUCCGCCGCGGGGCUGGACUCCAACACCAUUCAUAACAGAAACAGUAGAACGCAUAAUAUGUCUCAACGGCGAAGUAGACGAAACCAUGUCGGCGUCUAUCGUGGCGCAACUCCUCUUCCUAGAAGCCGAUAACCCCCAGAAAACAAUCCACCUCUAUAUCAACUCGCCCGGAGGCUCAGUCACGGCUGGUCUUGCGAUCUACGAUACGAUGACAUAUAUCGCUUCCCCCGUCAGCACUAUCUGCGUCGGCCAGGCGGCAUCGAUGGGGUCCCUUCUUCUUUGCGGUGGUGAGGCUGGCAAGCGUUAUUGUCUUCCACAUUCGUCGAUCAUGAUACACCAGCCUUCGGGAGGGUACUUUGGGCAGGCGACUGAUAUUGCUAUUCAUGCGAAGGAGAUUCUCCGGGUUCGGGAGCAGCUGAAUAAGAUUUAUAAGCGUCAUUUGACGGGGAAGGAGUUGUCGCUGGAUGAGAUUGAGAAGCUUAUGGAGAGGGAUUACUUUAUGGGGGCGCAGGAGGCGUUAGAGAUGGGUAUCAUUGACGAGAUUUUGGAUCGUAGGGUCAAGUCGGAAGUGGAGGGCGAAGAGAAGUCAAGUUCGUAG